AUGGCAAAAGGCGACAAGAAGAAACAACAAGAGAAGGGAAAAGAACCAGUCAUUACUGAUGGCCGUUUCAAAUCUGUCCACAAUGAUCCCCGUUUCAAGCUUCCUAACUUGAAAAACUUCAAGAUCAAGGUUGAUGAAAGAUUUAGUAAGAAAGAAUUGAACAAAUUGAAUGCAGGUGCCUUGGGGAAGAAGGUGAAGAUCGAUAGAUAUGGUAGAAAAAUUAACGAUGAUAAGAACAAGAGUGCACUUGACAAGUUUUAUGAACACGAAGAUGAAGAAGAGGAGAAGGAUGAAGAACAUUUAUCAGGUUCAGAAGGUGAUGAUGAAAGUUCUGAUUCGGAAGGAGAAGAUGUCGAGACCCUUACUGCCAAAAUUCAAGGUGAACAAAAAGAAUUUGACAGAGCAAGAGGUGAAGGUUUAGAAUCAUCUUCAGAAGAAGAAUCAAGUGAAUCUGAAUCCGAAUCUGAUGAUGACUCGGUAGUCUUCGAAGAAGAAGAAGAAUCAGAAAUCGAAUUAGAAGAAGGAAAACCAGAAGAAGGUGAGGCCACUCUGUCAUUUGCUGUUGUUAACAUGGAUUGGGAUAACCUCCGUGCUGUUGACCUUAUGGCCACUUUCAUUUCAUUUGUUCCUAAAGGUGGCUCUAUCAAGUCCGUUACCAUCUACCCUUCUGAAUUCGGAAAAGAAAGAAUGCAACAAGAAGAAAUCGAAGGACCUCCAAGAGACUUGUUUAAAUCCAAAAAGAAGAAAAAGGAAGAAUCAUCUGACUCUGAAAUCGAUUCUGAUAUUGAUAUAAACAACGCCGAUGAAUUAGAAAAAGUAACAAAAAAAUUAUACAAGACCAAUGAUGAUAGUGAGGAUUACGACAGUAAAGCUUUGCGUAGAUACCAGCUUCAAAGGUUACGUUAUUACUAUGCGGUCGUAAAAUGUGACUCGGUAGAAACUUCCAGGAAUAUAUAUCAAAACUGUGAUGGUACUGAAUAUGAGUCAACGGCUAAUAUCUUCGAUUUGAGAUAUAUUCCAGAAGAUAUGGAGUUUGAUGAAGAUGAAGCCAAGGAUAAAUGUACCAAAAUCCCUGCAUCAUACCGUCCUGACUCAACAUUUAUUACUGAUGCUUUACAACACUCCAAGGUAAAAUUAACUUGGGAUGAAACUCCAAAGGAAAGACUUACCUUAUCCUCAAGACCACUUUCACAAAAAGAAAUUGAUGAAAAUGAUUUCAAAGCUUAUUUGGCUAGUGAUAGUGAUGGAAGUGAAGAAGAACAAGAUUUGAAGGAUAAAUACCAAAGUUUGUUGGGUAAUGGAUUCAGCAAGAAGUUCGGCAAAGAUGACGAAGAAGAUGAUGUUGAUAUGGAAAUUACUUUCGAUCCAGGAUUAAAGGACAACAAGGAAGAAGAAGAGGGAGAAGAUAAAGAACAAGAAGAAACUACUAUUGAUGCAUACAAGAGAAAGGAAAAGGAACGUCGUAAGCGUAGAUUGGCCAAGUUCAAGGAAUCCAAGGCAACUGAAGCUGAAGAAGAAGAGGAAGCUGAAGUGAAAUCCAAAUCUAAAUCCAAGAAUAAAAAAUAUGCCCCUCCACAACUCGACGAGAAAUCAAGAGCUGAGUUGGAAUUGGUUCUUAUGGAUGAAGAGAACACUGAAAAACCAGACCAUUUCAAUAUGAAAGAUGUUAUAAAGUCUGAGAAAUUAAAGGGUAAGAAGAAGAACAAGAAGAAUAAGAAGAUUGAUGAAGAAAUGACCCAAGAUAACUUUGUUGCCAACUUGAACGAUCCUAGAUUCAAAGAAAUUUUCGAAAGUCACGAAUAUGCUAUUGAUCCUACUAGUAGCGAGUUCAAGAAGACUGAAACUAUGAAACAAAUCUUGAAAGAAAGAUCCAAACGAGCCAAAUCCGAUAACACAAAGAACUCCGACAAGAAGAAGCGCAAGCAUGAUCAAGUUGCAACCGGUGAUAAUGUCCACUCUUUAGUUGACAAGAUAAAAAAGAAACACAAAACAAAGUAA